AAAAUCAAUCCUGAAAAUAUGCGAACAUGCCAGCGUGAUCCACGUGAAAUUAUUGAAGUACUGUGCGCCAGCAACUCAUCUCAGUUCCUGUGUGCGAAUGGCCGUUGUAUUCCAAACGAAUGGAAAUGUGACGGCGAAAAUGACUGCUUGGAUGGCAGUGAUGAGAAAGGGCCUGAUGGUAAACCAUGUUUCGUUGAAAAGGAGUGCCCUCCCAAUACAAUUCGCUGCAACAAUACGAAAAAAUGCAUACCACAGCAGUACGCGUGCGACGGUGAUAACGACUGUGGUGAUUAUUCUGAUGAAGAUGUUAAGUACUGCAAAAAUGGUGAAAUUCCGGUUUGUGCUGCGCGGAAGUUCCAAUGUGAUAAUCACCGAUGUAUCCCGGAACAGUGGAAAUGCGAUUCGGACAAUGAUUGUGGCGAUGGAUCGGAUGAGAAGCUUGAAAUGUGUGCCAAUACGACCUGUUCUUCGAAUCAAUUCACGUGUGGCAAUGGUCGGUGCAUUCCGGUUUACUGGCUUUGCGAUGGUGACAAUGAUUGUUACGACAGCACGGACGAAGAUAGGGAACGAUGCCCGCCGGCGGUCUGCCGUCCGGACCAGUUUCGCUGCGCCAAUAAGCGUCAGUGUAUUUCGCUUAAAAACCACUGUGAUGGGCAACAGGAUUGUGAUGAUGGAUCGGACGAGGAAAGCUGUCUCAUUCAGGAAGAUAAAUGCGCUCACAAUGAGUUUACAUGUGUAUCCGACGGGCUUUGCAUACCGAUGGCAUGGAAAUGCGACGGACAAAAGGACUGUGAAGACGGAAGUGACGAACCGGAGGGCCUGUGCGCAACCAACCAGUGUGCCUCAGAUCAUUUCCGAUGUGACAAUGGCCGCUGCAUUUUUAAUACAUGGUUUUGCGACGGGGAAAAUGACUGCGGUGAUAACAGUGAUGAGAGUCCAGAACAUGGAUGCCAGCGCCAUCGACAGCUAGCCGUUCGCUGCCCGUUCGAGCAUACACCGUGUCCUGGAACUCCGGAUGUCUGUAUACCACUUCAUAAUUUAUGUGAUGGCAAAGACCACUGUCCGGGUGGUACUGAUGAAGGAGGCCGAUGUGCGCGAGACUUAUGCGCUGCCGAUCGUGCGGGUUGUUCAUUUAAAUGCCAUAUGAGUCCUGAUGGGCCGUUGUGCUCAUGUCCUUUCGGAGAAAUGGUAAGUUUUCCUAUUCUAUCGGCUUUCUUUGGCGUGCUCACUAUGGCCAUCUCAGACCUCGAAAUUUCAUGCCAAGAGGGCAGAUGCAUUUUCAACGUAUACAGUAAGACCUUAGACUACCCAUUCACCGUAAAUCGCGGAGCGUGUCCAGAUAGCGGUAUGGGCCAGACGGUAUAA